CAAGUAGUGAAAAGAUGGUGCUUUGAUAGUUGAGACAUUCGUUCCGUGGUCGUUCCUAGCCGACAAACCGUGGUUGCCAGCCAUAUUGUUUUACCGCAGUGUUUGUUUUGGUGCAGCCUAGUCAGAAUACGAAGAAAUCCGAGGGGAUCGACUCGAAGGAAGAUAGAAGAAUUAGAGUGCAGUUAAAGAAACUACUUAGGCAGUGCGCGUAUACGGUGGUUUUGCUGUAUUUUUCGGCAUAAUCAUCGUAGCUCGCGGGCUAAGCCCAUAAUCUAAGUGUCAGUUGUGAAUAAAACGGUAAAAGAGAGAAAUGGCCUGCGCCACUCUAAAGAGAUCUUUGGAGUUCGACCCGGUACAUAGUCAUGGUCGUCCUAGUAAACGAAGAAGAUGUGUACCAAUGUGUGUCUCCCCCGGUACAUCAACUCAAGCUAAUUCCAGGCCACAGAAUCCUUCGCCUUUUGGCGAAGUAACCCAUAAACUGACGCCUGAAAAGAUGGCUGCUAAUAUAAGAGAAGAAAUUCGGAGAUUGCAUCGACGCAAACAAUUGCAUUUUAGUCCUCAAAAUAAUAGUGGUGAUUCUUCAGAUAUGGAAGGUCCUGCCAGUCCUUCAAGUCCAUCUGCUUGUGGUUCAAAUUCAUGUAGUUAUAAUCCUAGUGGAAAGGAAAAACCUUUAUUUACAUUUAGACAGGUGGGUUUGAUUUGUGAACGAAUGCUUAAAGAACAAGAGACACAGAUUCGAGAAGAAUAUGAUCAGAUUUUAAACAUGAAGCUCUCUGAGCAAUAUGAUGCUUUUGUUAAAUUUACCUAUGACCAGAUACAAAAGAGAUUUGAAUCUGCAGCUGCGCCAAGUUAUCUAUCCUAAAACAAGAUUCUUAUUUAUAAGGACAUGUUUCUGUGAAGAAUAUAGAUUUCUACUGUGUGAGACAAAUUUUGCUUGAAAUUUAAAUUGUGGUAUGCAGCACCACUUCGUUCAAAAACUUCUUUAAAAAAUUCAUACUACGACUUACAUUGAAAAAAAUGUGUUUGGUAAAAACAAAAAAAAGCAUAAAAAAGAAAAAAAAUUAGUCAUGUAAGUUUAGUAGGUUUGCAGCAAACAGCAAUCGUACUACAAAAAUCUACAGUGUAUACUAUUGAAACUAACAAUAUUUGUACUGGCCGAUAUUAGAAAUGCGCUGGUAUCAGGGAACUGUACCGAGAUUCUAGUUAUGUACAAACAAGUACAUGUAGGAGUUAUACACAGUGCAUGAUUAUGCUUGAAGCCAAGAGCUUGACUUGCACAGGGUUCUGUAAUAUCACAUAAUUGAUUAAAAAUAGAUAAAUGUUCAUUUCUUGUACAUUUUACCAGAAAAUGUAAAGAAAUGAUAAUAAUACAAAUAAUUCCUUAUUAAUUUAAUGAUACAUGUAUUAGAUAUUGCUCAAUCAUAUGCGAAUACUCUCGUAUUGCAAACGUAAAACAAUGUACAUUGAAAUAUUUGGCAAAAAGUACUGUGCAUAUGAAGAGAAAUUAUAAACCAUGGGGAAAGUUGUUUUCACGUUGAACUUUAAUGUAUUUUAUUAUUGUUUCAAACUAGAUAGUUUCAAAUUUAUAAUAUACAUUACGUAUUUAGAAAAUUUUAUUUUAAUGAUUGCAAUAUGAAAUAUUUUUUUGAUAUGUGUGCUUUAUUGCAUGUGUAAAUUUUCAAUGUAAGCAACAUUCCCCCUAAAAUGGAUGUGUUCGAACUUAAAUAACGUACAUAACUUAUAGAACUAAAUUAUCAAUAUUUUAAAUAGAUAUCAAGAAUCAAUUUUAUUUCUUUCUAAAAUCAAAAAAUAUUUGAAAUCUCAAAAAAAAAAAAAAAUCCUGAAAACAAUCUUGAACGAAUUAUUAAUUUAUUGUGAUUAAAUUUUGUUGAGUUUUUAUUAUGUAUUAAUCUUCUAUUUUAGUAAAAAUUUUCUCGUUAAAAUUACAAAUAUAAAAAUUUGUAAAGAAUUCAAGAUAAGGUAUAGUAUGUAGCAUUGUACGAAUAUAUUGUCAAAAUGAAUAUUUGAAAUAAAGAUUUCAUAAAAUUUCGCAAAUAUUUCUGUUCCCUGGUAGCAACGACUUUCUUUAGCAUAAUAAAACACUAAGUAACGAAUAUAUAAUAUACCUUAAUUGUGCCUAUUAUUAAAUGUGUUUAUCGCGAUAAUUCUACUAUAUUUCUAUUGUUACCGAUUUUUAAAUUUUUAGUUUAUAAUCGCUCAUUUUUUAUAUUAUAUCUUGUUUUCUUGCUUUUUUGUAUUUAAAAGAAAUUCAAAUAUAUAAGAAAGCAAUAUGAAUGAAGCUUUCUUAGUUACUGCAUGCAUUUUUUUUCUUUUUGUUGUAGCAUGAAAUUCACUUAUAUUAAAAAAAAAAGCAUUAGGCACCAAGAAAUAUUUAUUUAAAAGAAUUUCAGAGAGCAUGUUACAAUUUAUUUUUAUUUGUUUAAUGAAAUAUUUCAUUUUCUCAUUUAUAAAAUUAAAUAUUAAAAAAAGGGCAUUAUGAAUUGCCUUGUUCAUUCCCAAAAAGAAGAUGUCUUUCAGUUACCAGAAAAAUUUGGGAACACAAUAUUAGUGUUCAUACAAUAAUAUACAUGAUAUAUCAAGUGUUUACUGAUUGCUGAAUGUGAAAAAAAAAGAAUAUAAAUGGUUCUAAUUGUCAACAACAAGUAAUAUCUACUUGAGAAAAUUAUUGUUUAUCAUUAUGAAAAAUUUUGUGAAAAUAUAUAAUGAUGUGAUUCCUUAUGGAUUUAGGGGAUUUAAUUUCAAUUAAAAUACCUUCAUAUUAUAUUAUGUAAGCACUUAAUAUUGAAAUAAAUAUAAAUAUAAGACUG